GAAGAACUGAAACUGUUUUGCAAAACAGACAAGAAACUGAUCUGUUUGAUUUGUGCAACUGGGCAGCAGCACAGGUCUCACAGCUUAAUGCUGAUAGAAGAAGCAAUUGAAUUCUACAAGGAACAGGUGAAAUCUUCUAUCGAAUCUCUCACAGAAAAGGAAUCAGAGAUCCAGAAAAUUGAGCAGGAACAGAAGGAGAGCAUUUCUGGAGUUCAGGAAGAGUCACACAACCUUCAGUCACAGAUCACAUCCCAGUUUGCUGAACUGCACCAGAUUCUCACUGAUAAAGAGCAGUGUUUACUCGGUGAUGUCCGGGAAGAAGUGGAGAAGCUUAUAAAAUCAAUGGAGAAAAAUCUUCAAGGGAUACAAGAGAAUUUAAAAUCAAUUCAGGAGGAACUCUCAAAGCUACAGGAACAGACAGACCACAAGAACGGCCUGAUAUUUCUGAAGGAGGAAGCUGGUCGCAAGAGGAGGGUUAGUGAUGAAACCAAACCAAUGUUGGUGGUAUAUGGGGCUUUUCUCAUUGAAAAGUAUGAUUGCAACUUACACUACAAAAUAGAAUUGAGCGAAGCAUCUGAUAUCAAACAAGGUAAAACUAAUACCUUUUCCAUUGUUCUUUUUUAAAACACCUUUAUGCAAUACUUAUAUGUGAAGAUUAAUGGUAUUAAUGGACUCUGGGGAAGUAUCACAGAAACAGAGAGUGAAGUUUGUUUGCACUUGAACAUAUCCUGGAGAAUAGGUUUGCUGUGCUGGGUGAAAUUGCGUAGACUAGGCCUGCGUACUUGAGAGUUCAGGUGUAUUAGAGGAGAUCUCAGUGAAACACACAUAGUACUUACAGGGCUCAGUGUGCUGGAUGCAGGGAGGAUGUUUCCCCUGUCUGAGGGGGCCUGGAGUCAGCGGAAACCCUCUCAGAAUGUGAGCUGCACCAUUUAGGACAGAGACAAGGAGACAUUACUGCAUGCUGAGAUUAGGCA